AUGAGAACCUUGUCUCCAGUCGACAUCGAAGAAAUGAAAGAACAAAAAGGGAUGAGAUAUUUACCGAUUCCAGAGAAAACGCCAAGAAAAAGCUUUUUGAAGACUUUUGGUAGCUCGAGAAUAUCAAAAGCAGCUGGAACCGUUCGAAGAGCUUCCGUUCAAGUCCGAAGCUUCUUCAAUGAUAUACACAGACUUUCCCCGCGCUAUCCAAGGUCACGAAGAUUAUCAGAAAUAACGGAGACCAAUCUUCAGCUCCCUUCUCUUCAGAAACAGCGAAUUCGACAUAGGAGUCACUCCAUUAAUCUCGGAGAGCUUCAUUUUCUACAGGAUAUCGUAGUCGAUCCAAUAGGCAUAGCUCCCCAAAAUACCAAGACACUGAAAGGUGUCACUUGGGCUAGCGAUCUUGAAAUGCACAGAUCAGUGUCUUUCUCUGAAUUAUUCCUGUCAAACCAUGGAACCGAAGAGUCACCAUUACUUGCCCCAACCUGGUCGCAAACAAAAACUCUCCAAGGACUUGAAGCCGAUGCCCUGGCAAAAGACGUGAGAGCAAGACGAGGAACAGUAAUGCAUAACGUAAGUCUUUCAUAG